AUGGAAGUACCUGAAGAGAAAGUAGAUGAUUUCAAGGAAUUCUGUGGCAUCAGUGAUGAGGAUGUAGCAGUGAGAUAUCUGCGUCAUUGCCGCGGCGACUUGCAGGCGGCUGUACAGUUGUAUUUUCAAACCGAUGGUGUUCUCAAUGAUGAAGGUAUCAACAGAGAAGCAGAUGAUAUAGAUGAUUUGGCGGAUUUUCCUCGUAAUGGCCAUCCUCGAGUACCAAACAAUUGGAACCAUGCUGAAACUAGUUCUCGAGGAAACUCCCUUACUAGUUCCAGGCCGAGCGCGCAGCAGUGGUCCAUUGUGCAGCCCUGGCGUCAAUUCAUUGUUGCACUUAUCACGCUACCGUUCAACUUUGUUUUCACCACUAUCUUCGAUAUCCUCAAGUUUUUCUGUGACAUAGUUUUUGGAGAACGCCCUCCUUCAAUCACCAAUUAUCGCGAGGAUGUGUCAAGGUUCAGACAGGCUGUGCGUGAGAGGAUAGGUAACACGCAGGUGGAGUUCUUCGAUGGAACAUACGAGGAGGCAUUUUCUGCUGCGUGCGAUGCUGAGACCUUAUUCGCUGUAUAUCUCUUUUCUCCAGAUGCUCAGUAUGUGGAUUACAUGGUUCGUCAAGUCUUGGAGGAUCAGACCUUUAACGAGACCAUGCUCAAUUAUAAUGUAUUGUUGUGGGGUGCUGAUCCUCGCACAUCUGCCGGCAAGGAAGGUAAGCAAUGCUUUUUCAGAUCAUAUUUGCUUUUGGAUACCCUUAUUGUUUAGUA